GUUAGUUUCCGUCAAAACAUCGACAAGAAAACAUCUAUCGUUUUUGGGUGCCGCUCGCUAGUAUUGCAUAUAUUGCUAUCUCGCUCGUUAUCUCAAGCAAAUUUAAUUUAACAUACGGAAACCCAUAAGAGUGAAGAGUACAUAAGUAUUGUACCACGAGCAUAUAAAGCAAAGUAAAAUUUUCCAUCAUACCGUGUCGAGAAAAAAAGGAAAUUUUUCAUUGUUAUUUUAUGUGGAAUUAAGACGAAAAUAAUUGAAAAUUUUGUGCGGAAAAAAUUUUUUAAUAUCUUUAAAAACGUUUUAUAAUUGUUUUACAAACGGAUGCCUCUAGAAAUGGCCGAAAAUUCAUGAUUAAAAUUUAAACAAUCUGAGAUGCAUCAAACAUGAAUGAAGGUGAGUCAGCAGGAGGGGGGCAUCAAGGGUCCAACCCGGCCCCUCCUGCUGUGCCAGACCGCAUAUCAUCAACUUCAACAAUUGCAACAACAAAUCUUGCUGCUGCAACAACAACAAACAAAAACAAAAACAACGUCGUUACAUCAACGACAACACCAACACCCGCAUCCCCCUUCAGAUUGUCAAAAGCUGCUGCAAAUAGCAGUAACGUCGUCGAAAACACUAUCGUCACAUCUUUAGUCCAGCCAAUUGUAGGCACAACAAACAAUAGCCCCUUACCAAGAAGUUUCCAACAAGCUUUUGCCCAACAACAAUCCAGACAACAAGAAAUUGCGGCAGCCACAGCAACCGAAGCCGCGAACAAAAGCAUUUCCUCAGCAAAAACGCCACAACAGACAUCGUUUUCGUCAUUGUCGUCGUCGUCGUCAUCGUCAUCAACGAAUACGGCCGCAGCAAACUCUUUGGUUAAGAGUCUUAUGCCUCAAACGCCAACACGCUAUCAGCAGCAACAAGGAGCAGAAGCAACAACGCCAACUUCCACAACCGAUUUAUUGGCUACAUCUUCAACAUUUGCUUCGGCUUCCGCACAAACAUUUCGCAGUAGUACACAACACAACAUUGGUUCAUCUUCCACAACGUCCGAGGCCCUUUCAUCACUGAACAAACGCAAAAGGUUGGAAAAUAUCCCCACACCAGGAGGAGGUUCGACAACAGUUUCAAUCUUAAACGUUAGUGGCAGCAACAACAACAGCGGCAGCGGUAGUGGCAAUAGUGGUAUUCUCUUGGCAUCUUCUUUAGGAGGUGGUGGUGGUAGUGCUGGAGUUGGUGUUGGUAAUAAUUCUAUAGUAGGCUCGCUUUUGCCUUCGACAAUAAAUACCACAGUUACUACAAAUCCCACGGCUUCAAACACUAAUAGUAACUCCUCACUACUGGCACAAGAUAUACAAGGUUUAAAGAAGCGAAUUUUAGAACAAAAAUAUUCCCGUUUGCAUAGAUUAAAGGAAAAACACUCUGAAAAUGUCGCCGAAUUGUUUUAUUUGCAAAUUGGUGGCAAUAUGAUGGACUAUCCUACGUGGCGUAAAAAAGCACCUACCCCACAGUUCAUCGCCUAUAGCAAUGCCUAUCGUCUGGAUCAAUUGGUUAACGAUGAAAGAACAAGUGCGGCGGCUUCAACAACAGCGACGACGACAACGUCAAUGCCAACAUCGGCCACCAAUGCCGCUGCUGGCAGCGUUUCCUCCAUCGUUCAACAACAACAACAGACACAGGUUGCUGAUAAUAUAGCAACAAUCAUUGGUGUGACUGCUGGUAGUCAUACGAAUGUAUUAAGUCAACAAACGAAUACGCAACAAUCUCAUCAAACAUCGUUAAUAGUAUCUUCAACAACUCCCGCAUCAUCUUUGGUCUCAAAUCCGGGUCGUCUGCCAAGCAGUACUACCAUUUCAUCAUCGAUAUCAUCGUCAUUGUCAUCGUCAUCAUCAGCGUCGUCCUCUUCCUCCUCCGCCUCUGCAAACACGGCAAUUCUGUCCAGUGCCACAGGCAAUGGGCAAAGUUCUCUCUUGCCCUCAACAGCUACUGAUGCCAGUGGCAAUCCGUUGCCUCCACAAGGUGCUGAAAUAAAGAUACCAGCUGUGGGUGCAACACCGGUGGCGGUAUCCACAAAAUUACCCGCAGCCGUGCAACAAUUAACACAACAAGGUGGCACUCCGUUAAUUCCCUGCAGCACAGCCCAAGGUACCACAGCAUUGCGUCGAAAUGGCGGCAAUGGUGUGGCUGCCUCAUCAUCAGCAAAUACUCCUCCGCCUUUGUAUUCACCUUCGCCCAGUAAUUUGUCUCUAACGACAGCUGGGGGGACAACAGCGGCUGCGGCGGGUGGUACAACUACUGCAGCGUCGGCAGCAGCAGCUGCGGCGGCGGCAGCUGCAAAUUCGGCCGCUACCACGCCCAACAGCAACCAAGAGUUUUCCUUUAAGGCCAAACAAGAGGUUGAUGUUAUGCGACGCAUUAUGGAACUCCAGCGAGAGGGAUUAUGGACUGAGAAACGUUUGCCCAAGCAAUUGGAACCACCCCGACCCAAGGCCCAUUGGGACUAUUUGCUUGAGGAAAUGGUUUGGCUGGCGGCCGAUUUUGCACAGGAGCGUAAAUGGAAAAAGGCGGCUGCUAAAAAAUGUGCCAAAAUGGUACAGAAAUAUUUCCAAGACAAAGCUAAUGCUGCCCAAAAGGCCGAAAAGGCGCAAGAGGCUCAUCUCAGACGUGUGGCCGCCUUCAUAGCCAAGGAGGUUAAAAUGUUUUGGGGAAAUGUGGAGAAAUUGGUGGAAUACAAGCAUCAUACAAAAAUCGAAGAGAAACGCAAAAAGGCUUUGGAUCAACAUCUCUCCUUUAUAGUGGAUCAAACGGAGAAAUUCUCUCAACAAUUAGCCGAGGGUAUGAACAAAACGCUGAAAGAUGCCUCAGCCAAUCCCAGCAUAAAUUCGAGUCGAAUAUCAUCGCCCAAGAGAGAAGGCACAGAUGAUGAAUUUCGCCCUGAUUCCGCCUCCGAAGAUGAUGAGGAAACCAUUGCCAAAGCUGAGGAAGAGGAAAAUGCCGAUGUUGAUGCCGAAGUUGCAGCUUUGGCCAAAGAAUCUCAAAUGGAUUUGGAUGAUUUCCUCAACGAUUUGCCCAAAGGCUAUUUGGAGAAUCGUGAUAAAAUACUUCUGGAGGAAGACACCAAUACCAAUACUACAGCAACAACAUCUUCCUCUGGCGUUUCAAAGGGUGGCAAGAAGUCCAAUAAGAAAGAAAGACGCGAUAGCGAUGAUGGGGAAUUUGAAGCCAAUGAAACCAGUGAAGAUGAUGAAAACACCAUUAGCAAGCAAGAAGAACAGGAAAUGGAUGUUGAUCAUCAGCAAGAGUUGGAUGAACUGAAAGAUGACAACGAUUUGCCCCUGGAACAGGUUUUGGCCAAGUAUAAAUUGGGAAAAAUUAAUGAGACACCUGCUAAAGCAAAAUCCAAAGGCAGUAGUUCAAAAAUGGAAGUAGAUACCGAAGAGGUCAUGGAUGCUGGAGCCAUUUCAAAGGCCAUGCGUGAUUCUGAUGAUGAUUCCACCGAUAAUGAUGAUGGUGAGUCGGAGGAAGAUGACGAAGAUGACGAGGAUGAUGAAGACGAGGACGAAAAUGAAGACGAAGAGGUGGAAAGUGAAGAUGAGAACGAGCUACUCGAUGAAACCGAAGAAAAUGAACAGGAUGCCGGUCUCAAGGAUUUACUGGAGGAUUCCUCCAAUGCCAACAGCAAAGAUGAUAUGAUUAAAGAUGCUGCCGCUUUGGCCGAAUCGUUACAGCCCAAAGGCAAUACCUUAUCCUCUACGAAUGUAGUGACACCCGUUCCAUUCCUAUUGAAACAUUCAUUGCGUGAAUAUCAACACAUCGGUCUCGAUUGGCUGGUAACCAUGAAUGAGCGCAAACUCAAUGGCAUAUUGGCCGAUGAAAUGGGUUUGGGUAAAACGAUACAGACCAUAGCCCUAUUGGCUCAUCUGGCCUGUGUCAAGGGUAAUUGGGGUCCCCAUCUUAUAGUUGUACCCUCCUCGGUUAUGUUAAAUUGGGAAAUGGAAUUUAAGAAAUGGUGUCCUGGUUUCAAAAUACUCACCUAUUAUGGUACACAGAAAGAGCGUAAAAUGAAAAGAGUGGGCUGGACAAAGCCAAAUGCUUUUCACGUUUGCAUUACCUCGUACAAGUUGGUGGUGCAGGAUCAGCAAAGUUUUCGCCGCAAAAAGUGGAAAUAUUUGAUAUUGGAUGAGGCCCAGAAUAUUAAGAAUUUCAAAUCGCAGCGUUGGCAGUUGCUGUUGAAUUUCUCCACAGAAAGACGUCUACUCCUUACCGGUACUCCUCUACAAAAUGACCUUAUGGAACUGUGGUCCCUUAUGCAUUUCCUUAUGCCCUAUGUCUUCUCAUCGCAUCGUGAAUUCAAGGAAUGGUUCUCCAAUCCCAUGACUGGCAUGAUUGAGGGCAAUAUGGAGUACAAUGAAACGCUUAUACAGCGUCUACACAAAGUGAUACGGCCGUUCUUAUUGAGACGCUUAAAGAAGGAGGUCGAAAAGCAAAUGCCUAAGAAAUAUGAACAUGUGGUCAUGUGUCGUUUGUCCAAUAGACAGCGUUAUCUGUACGAUGAUUUUAUGAGUCGAGCGAAAACUCGGGAAACUUUGCAGACGGGUAAUUUGCUGAGUGUUAUAAACAUUCUGAUGCAAUUGCGUAAAGUCUGUAAUCAUCCGAAUAUGUUUGAAGUACGUCCAACAAUAUCGCCAUUUCAAAUGGAGGGUAUAUCAUAUGAAACGUCACGUUUAAUAUGUGACCUAAUGGAGUAUGAUCCGUUUAAGCACAUCGACUUACAUUCUCUAAACCUGCUGCUUGUGGAGCUAGAACUUACUCUCACGGCAUAUGUCUCCCACAAGUCUCGUUUGUUGGCUGCCCCCCGAAAACUAAUCGAAGAAAUUGAUAGCAUACCAGAUCCCCCUCCACGAUGUCCCACUGGGAAAUAUAAAUUUCACAUACGUGUGCGCGAUACAAAGGUUCAGCAAAACAUUAAUGCACACACACAGCAAACAGUGAAAGUUGGAGCAAGUCCUGCCAUGAGACUGGAGGGCAAUAAAUUUGUGCCCGUGUGUCAAUCAAUAGUUACGGCAGCAGGAGCAACAGCAGCAGAAUCAGCGAAUAGUCGCAUUAGUAAACGUAUGAACAAUGUUAUAAAUCCCAUUGGUUCACCUAAGAUUGGGCCAAUAGUACCCGUUUCCAUAAUGCGUGCAAGAGAUCCCUUGGCCUUGCCAUCGACAUCAUCCUCGUCCUCGUCUGUCUCCCACUUGGGGCCAACACCUGCAAAACAAAUGCGUUUACAGGAUCCUCUGAGUUUAGAAGGCAUGGAGCAUGAUGGCAUAAAGAUGGAAAAGGCCGUGGAUGAUAAGGCCUUGGUGAAAGCUCUGGCCCAGCAUGUAACGACGACUACAUCGAAUACCCGCCUUGAUACCGGCUCCACCACUGUUAAGACUGAAUCGGAUGAUGCCACUGUGGUGGAUGAUAAUUCCUGCGAAACAGAUCCCAUCUUUAAUAUGACUGAGAUAUUGCAACAGCGCAAAGAACAAAGAUUGGCACGUUUGAAGCUUAUGGCCAAUGUCAACAAGAGACGGGCAGAGGCCACACCCAUUUAUGGCUCAGAUUGUCGCGAAGCCAUCGAACAUUGCUCGGAGGGCAGCCGUCUUUUGCAAUAUUCCACUUGGCAUACCAGAGGUUAUACGAAUUGCAUCACUGCCAUGAACCGAUCAAAUGAUAAUUGGACUCUAAACAAAAUUCUAAAGUGUUACGAGAGGCGUUGUGAAGAUCUGAAGCAUAUUUUUCAGAACUAUGUUAUAUAUGUGCCGUCCGCGUGUGCGCCACGAAUACGUUUCUAUGUUAAUAAUUUGACAUCGACACGUUUGUCACGAGAGCGUUGCAUCGAUAAUACCAUUCAAAAGGAAAUGUCACCAAAGUUGGGCCUGUUGCAUCCCAUAAUUUCGGCCAUGACCACACAGUUUCCAGAUCCCCGUCUUAUACAGUACGAUUGUGGCAAACUGCAGACUUUGGAUGGUCUACUGAAACAGUUGAAGUAUGAGCACCAUCGUGUGCUCAUCUUUACCCAAAUGACAAAAAUGCUGGAUGUGUUGGAGGCCUUCCUCAACCAUCAUGGUCACAUCUAUUUGCGUCUGGAUGGUGCCACCAAAGUUGAACAACGGCAACUUCUAAUGGAACGUUUCAAUACGGACAAACGUAUUUUCUGUUUUAUCUUGUCCACACGCUCCGGUGGUGUGGGCAUUAAUUUAACAGGAGCAGAUACUGUGAUAUUUUACGAUUCAGACUGGAAUCCCACCAUGGAUGCUCAGGCGCAGGAUCGCUGUCAUCGCAUUGGACAAACGCGGGAUGUACACAUAUAUCGUUUGGUCUCCGAGAAAACAAUCGAGGUGAACAUUCUGAAGAAGGCCAAUCAGAAGCGUAUGCUUAGUGAUAUGGCCAUUGAAGGUGGCAACUUUACCACAUCCUAUUUCAAGAGUUCCACCAUUAAGGAUCUCUUUAAUAUUGACACUCAAACCCAAAUAUCGGGUGAUGCCACAACAACAAUGGCAAUAACUUCAUCACAAACUCAAAAUAACAGCGAGAAUUAUGAAAAGCCUACGACUUCAUUAAUGUCGGCGCCGUCCUCAUCAGCCUCAUCAUCGAGUGUGGUUGAAGCGAUCACCGAAGUUGAUUUGGAAAAACAAUCGCUGAAGGCAUUUGAAAGUGCUUUGGCCGCUGCCGAAGAUGAACAGGAUGUUCAGGCCACCAAAACGGCGAGGGCAGAGGCUGCCGCUGAUUUGGCAGAAUUCGACGAAAACAUUCCCCUGGAAGAUGUUGCCACCAAUGUCGAUGGAAAUGUAGAACUAAGCAAGGCCGAUUUAGAAAUGCAGAAUUUGGUUAAGCAGUUAUCACCUAUCGAACGAUAUGCCAUGCGUUUUGUGGAAGAAACUGGAGCGGCCUGGACAGCCGAACAAUUGCGUGCUGCUGAAGAAGAGCUCGAAGCGCAAAAGCGCGAAUGGGAAGCCAAUCGUUUGGCUGCCUUACAAAAAGAGGAGGAAAUGCUGAAACAAGAAGCAGACGCUGACGAAAUGUUGACAUAUUCUCGGAAGGAUGCCACAAAUCAGAUAUGGAUUUCAGCAAAUACAAUGGAGCAUAUGCCGAUGUGGUGCCCUCCAACACCGCCCCAGGAUAACGCUGACAUUUACAUUGAUUAUUCGCUAACCUUUAUGUAUGACAUUGAGCCCAUACCGGAAACGGAAUUACCGCCAGUCUAUGUGAAGAAGGAAUACAAACGUUCGCGUUCCGAUGCCGGUUUCCUAAUGGAUGGCAAUAAAAGGCCAGCCAAAAUGCGGCGCGAAGAAAUGUUCUGUGCUCCUCGUUCCCUAUUCGAUCGUCCAUCGGCUGCUAUAGCUCGCAUAAGGCGCGAUUUGAAGAAUCAACGUUAUAGGGGAGCCUUUAAGCCCAAUGUCCAAAUACCCGGCUUAAAGCCACAAUUGCCACAAAAACCGCUCAACGAGCCCGAAGGCAUGGCCGAAUGGUGUAUAUACGAAGAUAUUGCCAUACUACAUGUUUUGGUGAAUCUACAGGGAUUGCCCUGCAACCUGAUGCUAUUGUCUCCCGGCCAUACACCCAAUUGGGAUUUGGUGGCGGAGAUAGUAAAUGCCUUCUCCAAAACGUAUAGAUCACCUAAACAGUGUAGAUGGCGUUAUGAGGCUAUUAUACAACCACGCGAGGAGGGCAAAUUGGUGGACAGUCCCAAAAAGCAGAAAAAACUAAAGGCCAAUUUGAAAACCGAAUAUCUGAAGAGUCCCCUGCGCUGCCUGAGAACCACACAACUGUAUGCGAAUGACAACAAUGCCUCGUUUACCAAGAUAAUGCGUUCCCGUUUCGAUUGCAUUAAGUCGGCGUACCUGAAAAAGGCCCCGGCGCCCAAGCGUCACUUCUCAACUCCCAGUCCUAUGAAUCCCAAACACAUGGAGGUAUUGCAGGAAUUUGGCAUAGUGAACUAUGAUCAACCCAUGUCGCCCCAAAAUAUAGCCAACAUGCGGGCCAACAAGUUAAGGGACAAACAGCGGUCUCAAUGUCCACCACCUCCACCGCCGGCGGCAGCUACGUCCACUCAGCAGGGUUGCAGCCCUGCUGCGGGUCAAGCUCAAGGGCAGACCAGCCAAGGAGGUGCAGGCGGAUGCUGUGUCACUACACCCACAGGGGUAAAUGCUGUCCAGCAACAGCAGCAGCAACAGUCAGGCGGUCAAGGUGCCACACAUCUGCAGGAGCUGGUGCAACAUCAACAAGCACAGCAGGUGCAGGUGACCAGCACUGCGCCUCCAGGUUUGCACACACAACAAUUGCAAAUUCAUCAGUUGGGCGGAGGUCAAACGUCAUCACAGCAGCAAGCCACUACGGCCAUAGUGCUGCAACCGGGUCAACAAUUGCAGCAACAACAAACUGUAGUAAACCAGGCCACACAGCAACACUUGAUUCGUCAACAUGGCGGCGGAGCUACACAGAUUGUCAAAGCCAUUGUGGGGCCAGGAGGUCAGACGGGCUUGCUGACCACGGGACAAGUGCAACAACUGCAUCAACAAGCCCAGGGCCAAGGUCAGGGUACAUCUGGGCAAACUCAACAUGUGCAGUUGCAACAACAAAACAGCGGUGGUGGUAGCUUGGUGGCUCCCCCCUUAUCCGUAUCUGUGGUAUUGACACAACCCGUCCAAACAAUAUCAUCCACUACGUUGCCAAACCAGGGCUCGCAUCAUUCACAGGUGGCAUCCUCAUCGGCCCAAAUUGUCUCUCUUUCGCCGCAGACCAUAGUUUCGAGUUCAGCUCAAGUGGGUAGCAUUGUCCAGACCCAAUCACUGCCUCAGGUGGUCUCAGUGUCUCAAUUGGCCACGGUGGGAACCGUGUUAACCACCUCGAGUGGCAUGCAGCAGCCGGCCACGGUAGCUGCGCUUAAUACUUCGGCCUUGAGGGCUCAAAGAAUUGUGGCCGCCUCAGGUGGGACAACUCUGCAGGAUGUAGUCUUGCAACAAAGAUCUGCAGGCAACCCUAGCCCCACCAUAGUGUCCAUGUCCAGUUUGGGAACAAAUGUGGCCCAGGCUCCCAUACAAGGCACACAAUUCCAAUUGGCCUCCAUGCCUGCGGGUACUCAGCAGGUGGUCACAAAAGGCAUAAGGGUGAGUUCUCUGCAACAGGGCCAGAAAAUUGCUGCGGGCAAUGCCUCAGGUGGUACGGUGCAAGGUCAGGGCCAGGCUGCCCACAUCCAAUUGUAUAGACAGAGACAACAGCUCAAGGUUUUACAGGCCUCCGGUCCCGGCCAGCAAGGUCAACAGACUGUCGUACAGACCGCCUCUGGGCAAACGGCUCUGGUCAAUGCCCAGGGCACCAUCAUUCAAGGCAAUAUCAUGCAAACCAGUGCGGGACCCACAACGGUUCAAGUGGUCCAAGGUCAGAAGGUGACAGUGGCCACAUCCAAUGUAGCGUUAACCACCCCAAGUACCGCGGGAGUUGUUACAACGGUGGCCAAUCAAAUGCAUCCGCAACAGGUGCAGCAACAGACCCGGACCCAGUAUAUCAAACAAGUUUCGGCUUCGGGCAAGCAGACCAUAGCCCGGCAGGUGGGCGACACCGAUAUGCUGUUGGUCAAGAGACAAAUGUUAUCCGCAGCAACGCAGCCAAAGGCUGCCCAAGUCAUACAACAGGGUGGGCAAAUUUACACUACCUCCGCGCAAGGUAUAACACUGCAGCAAGCGGCACAGGCUUCGUCAUCCUCAAAUGCGGCUACAGUUCAACAGCAACAGAAUCAACAACAAACUACCCAAGUGGUACAGCAGGUGACAUCCCAACAGAUAGCCACUCUGGUCAAAACUUCCGGCUCGGCGGGAUCGUCGGGCAAUAAUGGUGGGGGCCAAGGUGGGGUCAGCGUCAAUACGGCAGGUGGUCAACAGACACAGAACACUGUAAACAUGGCUCUGUCUCAGUUGAAACCGGGAGGCCAAAUCAAAGUGACCAUGGCCAAUCAAUCGCAAAUGAGGCAACUGCAUGUGCAACAACAAUUGCAAAUGCCAAGAAAAAUCUCCCGCAUGACUCAAAUACAAGCGGCUCAGGCAGCUGCGGCAGCCGCCAAUCAGCAGCAGCAACAACAGCAACAGGGUCAGAACACAACCAUAACACAAUCAUCUGGAAAUAUGCAACAACAGCAGCAGGCAGGGCAAAAACAAAAUACCUCGUCGGGUUCCUCUACAUCUGCGGGUUCGGGCGGUGGUGGUGUACAAACACAAUUGGUGCACAUACAAAACACCAAGUCAUUGUCGAGUUCCGUCACUGUCCAACAGUUCCAACAGGUGAUGCGUCAAAGUCAACCUGGCACCUUGGCCACCACAGGCUUUGUUUUGGGCAAGACCAGUGUGGGUCGAGUUAUACCGGUAUCGGUGGCAUCGCAACCCAAUCAACGACAAACUAUACAGGUGGUCUCUGCCGCCUCAGCACAGGCUCUUACGGCUGGCAAUUUAAGAGCCCAUGUGGCAAGUGGACAAAAUAUUGCCGGCACCAUUAAAGUAGCCACCUCCGGUGGCUCACAAUCUCAAACUCAACAGGCCAUUAUAACGGCCAUACAGCAGCAGCAACAGAAUCAACGACAAAAUGCCAGUCCGGUGAGGCUGCAAACAGCCGGUGGUAAUUUGGUUGCUGUAGUUCAGCAACAAUCGUUGCAGCAGCAGCAACAGCAGCAGCAACAAACACAAAAUGUGGUGGUCAGUUCAACUUCGGGUGGUGGGGUAAAUGUCUCCAAUGCCACUCAAGCGGAAAUAAUGACCAUAACACAAACGUCGGCGGGUACUACGCUGACCACGGCCAGCCACAGCAGGUGAAUGCCACACAACAGGCUACACCGCAGCACGUGCGAACGAUGGUCAAAAAGAAAAUCAUGCAAAUACGCAGUGAAAAGGAAUAAAUGGAUAGAAAAAUAAAACCGAGAGAAAAUACCAUAACCCAUACUAAGGUUAAUGGGUCUAACUAAAGUUUAUCAAACAAUUUUUAAAAAGGAAAUUCAUUGCUGAGUACAACAACUCAUGGCCUUGAGUCCUAAAACACAAGGAUCUUUAAGAUAUGAAGGUUGCGAUGCCAAUAUGCUUAGUUGCAUCCCAGCCAACGUCAAAGUAAUUUCAAGUAUUAUUCGUUUUAAAUAUUUAACAAGCAAAGCAAAAAUUGAGUAGCCUAACAACCACAACAACAACAAUAACAAUUCAAAAAGCCCAUACUACCAUUUGUUGCUCUGGCUUUUCGUAGCUGAGGAGUUUAGAUUUAUAAGCUGUGUAUAAAAAAAAUAAAUCGCAAUAAAUUAUUUUUAUUGUAAUGGAAUCUAGUUUAAGAGUAGCUUAGUUUCCUUUACCCCGUUUAUGGUCCUCCCCCCCCCCCCCCCCCCCUAACCUAUGUAUCAACCCCUUAACUUUUAUCUCCCUUAUGUAUAAGUGGGUCUAUAUAUUUAAGGUAUAACAAAAUUUAGAUUAAAUUUUUGUUUUAGAAUUUUUGGUUUAGCUGUAAAAUUUUACUAAAUAUGAACAAAACAGCAAAUAAGUAAGGAGUAUAUGAAACACGAUAAUUUUUUCAAUUGAAAUCUUGUAAUUUAUAGACAUGUUGUGCACCAUUACUACCACUACCAACCCCUAUGUUAUAAUUUACAUCCAUACUUACAUUUUAUAUUCCUAGAACACUAAAUAUGCUACUGUUUUACAUUAUUAACUGAACAAAAACAGUUAUAUUUUAAUUAUCCUUAAAAUAAGUCUAUACUAAAAACAAACAAAAAAAAAA